AUGGACAAAAUAUCAGCGAGCGUGUUUGACUCAAUAUUCAAGGGCGAGGCGCUUGCUGCAAAAUGUAAAACCAUACCACGUAUUGUUCUCUUCCACGAAGGGGUCAAAUUCCGACCACAAUUCAUCAUCGAUGCAUGCCAAAGCUCUUGCCAACUAUUUAGACUUGGUUCCCUAUGUACGGUAGAUUUCUUUGCUGUAAAAAUAUACUUACUUUUGGCACUAUUUGCAUUGCGUGUUAUGCUUUUCUUCACACCAAGGAAAACAUUGGACAGUAUGUUUGGAGUUCCCAGUCAUUUCCUUACGGAAACUGUUGUUUACUGCACAAGACCUCAAUUCGUUCUCGGAAAUGGUUACCUGACUUGCCCAACACGCGAUGCACAGUACAUUGGACCCCUGUUUGAAUCGCCCCCCGCCCUGGAUGGUGAGAUGAAAACUUGGUUGGAAAAUGUCAAAGCGCCCAUUGUAUUCGUAUCGCUCAACUCAAUCUGCCACGAAAACAGUCAUCUGCCCGCUGUGUUGCAGGCCCUUGCCCAGUCAGAGUACAUCUCCUUAGUCGAAGUUACCGACCAAGAAUACUGGUGUCGGCAAGGAUACGAUUCCAUUCGUUUCGUGUCUUCAAAAGAUCGGCAUCACAAGUAUGCCUAUCUCCCGUUCGCUUCUGUCUUCAUCACUCAAGGUGAUUCCGGUUCUUUUCAUGCAAGCGUUCUUGCUAGUGUACCAUUGAUUGUAUUGCCUCUGUACGGCGACCAGUUCCAUUGGGGAGCUGUUGUUGAAACUCACGGUCUGGGAAUCAGCUUGCUGCUCUCUCCAAAUCGAGUGGAUGAAGGUUGGUCGAUUCUUCCGAGCAUCGCUCGAGUCUUGGGGAGCAAGAGUAUAGAAGACAAUCUGAAGGAACACUCUGAGUUGCUUGGAGCUGGGCGUGGUCUAGCUUCUUUCCCUCAGUUUGCUCGAUCCCUUCUGGAGGGGGACAAUCAUUGA